CGGUCACUAGCUGAGGCGAUCAGGCUCUCAGUUUGCCUCAGCUUUGGAGCCCUUCAGAGCAGCAGGGCAAGAUGGUGCUGGAUCUGGAUCUGUUCCGGGAGGAUAAAGGAGGAGACCCGGCCCUUAUUCGAGAGACGCAAGAGAAACGCUUCAAGGACCCGGGGCUGGUGGAUCAGUUGGUGAAGGCGGAUGGCGAGUGGCGAAGAUGCAGAUUUCGGGCAGAUAACUUGAACAAACUGAAGAAUCUCUGCAGCAAGACAAUUGGCGAGAAAAUGAAGAAAAAAGAGCCAGUGGGAGACGACGAGUCUAUUCCAGAGAAUGCAGCAAACCUUGAUGACCUCACUGCAGAUACACUGGCUGACCUGCAAGUCUCCCAGAUCAAAAAAGUCCGGCUUCUCAUCGAUGAGGCGAUCCUGAAGUGUGACGCAGAGCGGCUCAGGCUGGAAGCUGAGCGAUUUGAGAACCUCCGAGAGAUUGGGAACCUUCUCCAUCCUUCCGUGCCCAUCAGCAACGACGAGGAUGCAGACAACAAAGUGGAGAGGAUUUGGGGUGACUGUUCGGUCAAGAAGAAGUACUCACACGUGGACCUAGUAGUGAUGGUGGAUGGCUUUGAAGGCGAGAAGGGCGCUAUAGUGGCUGGGAGCCGGGGCUACUUCCUGAAGGGGCCCCUGGUGUUCCUGGAACAGGCGCUCAUCCAAUAUGCACUCCGCUCUCUGGGAAGUCGAGGCUACAUCCCCAUCUAUACCCCUUUUUUCAUGAGGAAGGAGGUCAUGCAGGAGGUGGCGCAGCUCAGCCAGUUUGAUGAGGAAUUGUAUAAGGUGAUUGGCAAAGGCAGUGAAAAGGCCGAUGACAACACUUAUGAUGAGAAAUACCUUAUUGCCACCUCAGAGCAGCCCAUUGCUGCCCUGCACCGGGACGAGUGGCUUCGGCCUGAGGACUUGCCCAUCAAGUACGCGGGCCUGUCCACUUGUUUCCGCCAGGAGGUGGGCUCACACGGGCGCGACACCCGCGGCAUCUUCCGAGUCCAUCAGUUUGAGAAGAUCGAACAAUUUGUCUAUUCCUCGCCACAUGACAACAAAUCCUGGGAGAUGUUUGACGAGAUGAUCGCUACUGCCGAAGAGUUCUAUCAGUCUUUGGGGAUCCCUUACCACAUCGUGAACAUCGUCUCAGGUUCUCUGAAUCACGCUGCCAGUAAGAAGCUGGACCUGGAGGCCUGGUUUCCAGGCUCAGGAGCCUUCCGUGAAUUAGUCUCCUGCUCCAAUUGCACCGACUACCAGGCUCGCCGACUCCGAAUCCGCUACGGACAAACCAAGAAGAUGAUGGACAAAGUGGAGUUUGUUCACAUGCUCAAUGCAACUAUGUGUGCCACGACACGCACCAUCUGUGCCAUCCUGGAGAACUACCAGACGGAGAAGGGCAUCUUGGUGCCUGAGAAGUUAAAAGAGUUCAUGCCACCAGGUCUCCAAGAACUGAUCCCCUUCGUAAAGCCUGCACCCAUUGACCAGGAGCUGUCAAAGAAGCAAAAGAAGCAGCACGAGGGCAGCAAGAAGAAAGGGGGAGCCAGAGACGUGACCCUGGAGAACCAGCUGAAGGCCAUGGAGGUGGCAGAUUCCUAAGCCCCCCCUCCUGCACAACCCCACGAUUCCUGCCUGCAGGGAAGCCAGGCGGCCCCCCAGUCGCCUGCCCAUCUGACUUUUAACACAUCUAAAAGGGGAGCAGCUGUUGCAUAUGGUGCAGUGUUCCCAUUCUCCACAUAGGCCCCGGAUCCCGUCUUCACAGCUGCUGAAACCAUGUAAUAAAGCAUCUCUGGGGAAGGC